UAUUCGUACUGUUUUGUUAGAUAUAACAAGGUAGCAAAAAACGACAAUCUCGUAUGAUAUUAACAGUUGACUUGCAAUAUGGAAGGUAGAGAAGCCCAAAUAUGCAGCUCCGGUAGCAAACGUGGUGGUUGGAUCACCUUCCCCUUCAUCAUUGGCGCGACGGCGGGAUUCACACUUGGAGGCGCAGGAUGGAUAUCAAACCUGAUCGUAUAUCUGAUUCAGGUGUUCAAUGUGAAAAGCAUAAACGCGGCUCAGAUUUACAACAUAUCGAAUGGUUGCACCAAUUUGUUUCCGGUCAUCGGAGCAAUUGUUGCUGACUCUUUCUUUGGUACUUUCUCUGUUGCUGCAGUUUCUGCCUGUAUCUCUUUGCUGGGUAUAGUUCUCUUAACCUUGACUUCAGCACUUGAUUCCUUGAGACCUCAGCCAUGUGAUAAUGGAUCAAGCUUAUGCACACCACCCUCAAAACUCCAAUAUGCGAUCCUAUACACAAGUUUAGCCCUAGCAUGUAUUGGAUCUGGAGGUACACGGUUUACCAUAGCAACUAUGGGAGCAAAUCAAUUUAAUAAACCCAAGGAUCAAGGGAUUUUUUUUAACUGGUUUUUCUUCACUUUCUAUAUUGGCUCUGUGGUAAGCGGCACAGCCAUUGUCUACAUUCAAGGUAACGUAAGUUGGAAAUGGGGAUUUGGCCUAUGUGCGAUUGCUAAUUUCAUUGGCUUGGCCUUUCUCUUAUUGGGAAACCGUUUCUACUUUCAUGAUAAGCCACAAGGGAGCCCAUUCACAGGUAUAGUUCGUGUUAUUAUUGCCACUAUUCAGAAAUGGAAGCUGCAGCACUCAUCCAAAAUCGAGGAUUACUACUACGGACAUGAUGGAAUCACAGAAAUAGCUGCAACUGCAACACCCAAAAAGAGCUUCAGGUUCCUUAAUUGUGCCGCACUUAAAACAGAUGGAGAUGUUGGAUCGGAUGGUUUAAUUGCAAAACCUUGGAAAAUAUGCACAGUACAACAAGUAGAAGAUGUCAAAACCCUUUUUAGGAUUUUCCCAUUAUGGUCAUCAAGUAUAUUUUUAGGGACCCCAAUAGGAGUCCAACUCAGCUUGACAGUAAUCCAAGCUUUAACCAUGGACCGACACCUUGGGCCUCAUUUCCAAAUUCCUGCUGGAUCUAUCCUAGUCAUAAGCCUAAUCUCCUCAGCCAUUUUUCUUACAAUCGUUGAUCGAUUGUUAUCUCCAAUGUGGAAAAAGCUGACUCAUAGGUCUCCUACGCCCCUCCAACAGAUAGGACUAGGUCAUGUGCUAAACAUUCUAAGUAUGGCUACUUCAGCACUGGUGGAAUCGAAGCGGCUCAAAAUAGCCCGAGCCCACCAUCUCCAAGGCCAGCCUGGGGCCAUAGUGCCCAUGUUGGCCUUGUGGCUAAUUCCACAACUAGUUUUGGUUGGCAUUGGAGAAGCAUUUCAUUUCCCAGGACAAGUUGCAUUAUAUUAUCAAGAAUUUCCUACUUCACUUAAAAGUACAUCAACUGCGAUGAUUGCUUUGAUUAUAGGGAUUGCUUUUUAUAUGAGCACGGUUUUGAUUGAUCUUGUCCAAAGGAUCACUGGAUGGUUACCAAAUAAUAUAAAUAAUGGGAGGCUAGAUAAUAUGUAUUGGUUGUUAGUUGUGGGGGGAGUGGUCAACUUUGGUUAUUUCUUGGUGUGUGCUUGCUUAUACAAGUAUCAAAAUGUUGAAAAGGGAGAUGAGAGCAAUUCUGUCACUAAUAAUUGAUUCUCAGAGUGAGCAAUGAUAAAGGCUCACAUGUAUUUCUAUAACAAUAGACCUUGGAUAUAGAAACAACAAUUGUUGACAUGGACUAUUUUGAUUGAUGCAUACUGGUGAACCAAUAUAAAAAGUGAUGUUAUUUCAAUUAUAA